AUGGUAUCUCGCCGAGACACUCAGCCAGAGCCUAGCCACCAUCGCCAGGACCCUUGGAUUCACAUCCAGAGGUUCUUCAAGAUGCCAUCGCAAAUUGGACUGAAAGAACUGAGUAUCAAUCAUGGACGGCCAGCAAUGGUGCUGCUACCUCUGGCUGGGCUUGCAAAGAUAUUUCACUGGAACCCGAUCAUAGUUCUCACGGUGAAUAUCCUCGCCAUUAUCUUCUUGUCCGAGGCGAUAUCCAUCUCAUCAGAUGAACUCACUGCGCAUCUUGGAGAGCUGCAAGGUGCACUACUCAGUGCCACACUCGGAAAUACAGUAGAGCUCACGGCGGGAAUUCUAGCUCUGAUUCAUGGCGAGAUCCCAUUUUCACAGUCUGUGAUGGUUGGUAGUAUUCUCUCGGAUAUUCUGCUUGUAUUCGGUUGCUGCCUCGUCACAGCCUCGUACAACAAGGAGGUCUUGGAGUUUAACAGCGCUCUUGCAAAGACGUUGUCUUCUUUGAUGAUGAUCACAGCCGUCACGAUGCUUCUUCCAACGGCUCUGUACUCGACUUUCCCAGUAUCUGAAAUUGAUGACAGAGUACUAUCCUUCUCACGAGGAACAUCAUUGGUACUCCUCGCACUCUACGGAGGUUACCUUUACUUCUACCUGGGUACUCACAAACAUCUCUUCCUUUCGAAUGAGAGCGAAGCUAGUGACGAUGAAAACAACGGAGAUUCAUCAUCCGCAGCCAACAAAGCCAGCUUAGCUUCAUCAAUCAUCCGAUUGACAACUGCCGUGGCCGCAACAGUCUUUUGCACAGAACUCCUGCUUGAAAGUGUUGAUGACAUGGCGCAAACGCUCGGAGUCUCUGAAGUAUUUAUCGCAAUUGUCUUUAUUCCAAUCGCUAGCAAUAGCACCGAGGGGGUUACUGUCAUUGCGGCAUCUUGCACAGGGGAUACAGAUUCUGCAAUCCGCGUUAUCAUCGACAGUCUCUUGCAGAUUGGUCUAUUUGUCAUACCAUUCUUGGUGGUUGUUGGCUGGUGCAUUGCUGAGCCGAUGACGCUUUUCUUCGACUCAUUUCAGACCGUGACCAUGUUUUUGGCCAUUCUGGUGGUUAAUCAUCUACUUCGUGAUGGACAGUACGCUUACAUCCAUGGUGCGAUGCUGAUUGCUCUGUAA